AUGGAGAAAAUUGAAGAUGAAUAGUAAAUUGAGAACUAAGAAUAUCAAAGAAUAAAGGAUUUAUUAAUUGAUAUUGAUGAAAUUGAAAGCGAGAAAACUAAAGGUUAAUCUUGGAGAUAAGAUUUAAAGGUAGGAGAUUUAAUUGAUGUUUGCCUAGAAUUACCAAAAUCUUAAAGGCAAUAUGUAUGGGUUCAAGCAUUAAUUAUUUCAAUUACUUCUUUCACCUAUCUUGAACUAGACUUUAUUUUCGAUAAUUGGCAGAAUAAAAAAUACAUAAGCAAAUGGUCUAUCAAGAUUGCUUAAUUCUAAAGCUAAACAAAAGAAUCAUAUGAAAAAUAAAAUAAACUCCAAAAAAAAAUGAUUAUUGAUUCUAUUCAUGAUGAUGAUUGGAGUAGAUCUACAAUUGGAGAAAUCAAGGUGAUAGUUGAACCUAAAAUUAAUUAAAUAAUUAAAAUGGCAUUUGUUGAAUUUAGAGUAUUUUGCAGAAAUGGAUACUAAGGAUGGACCUUUUAAUUUGAUGAAUGGAUGCCAUUAAAUUCUCAAAGAAUUCAGCCCUUUCUUUCAUAAUCUUUGUAUUUUCAAAAAUCGUACAAGAAAUAAGAAAAUAUAUAAGAUUAAGGAUUAGCAUUUACUUGUUCAGCUUUUAGAACUAUUUUGGAGUUAAAUUUUUUAACUGAAAAUGGAAAAUAUGUAGAUAAAGCUACUUAAUACGAUGAGUCUCUACUAUUUAUAGCAUGCUAUUUUGGCAGAUACGAGGUUGCUGAAUAUUUGAUAUCUAAAGGAGCUGAUCUAAACAAAAAGACUUAUUACUAACUUUCUCCUUUAAUUGCUGCAGUUUAUAAAGGACAUUUCGAUAUAGUAAGGCUAUUGGUUAGAAAUGGUGCUGACAUAAAUUUAAAUACUAAAAAUCAUUAUUAUGAAGAACAAAUCUGGUCCGAGCACCCAAAGGAUGAAACUAUACAAGUGAUUUAUGAUAUUUAGGAAUUUGAGAGAAUCAAACAUAUCUUAAUACAACAUUUUAAAAUGCUCAAUGUAGAAUAAGAGAAACUCGCUUUAAAAGAUAUUAAUAAAAACAUUCUAAGGAAAGUUAUUUCUGAAUAUAUUUGA